AUGACUCUGUUACAUUGAACCUGAAGCUAUACUUGAUAUUUUUGGAGUCUUUGCUAUAAAAAACCACUGCGAAAACAAUUUUGCUAUGCUUCCCAUAGCCACUUUCCUCGAUAUAAUCUUCUAAGUCAUCCUCAGAAUCGUAACGCUCAACUACAUAAGGGAACCCAGUGUCAUUUCCUUCAGCUUUUAUUCUAUCUGUAA